GUUGUUUGUGCAACCUCGGCUGAGGCAGUGACCCACAGUGAUUCGGCCGCCGCGCCGGCGGGUGGGGGGGCUGCGCGGGACUCUUUUUUUUCAGACUGACCGCGGGGCAGCUGGGGAGCAUGUCGACCCCGGCCCGGAGGAGACUUAUGCGGGAUUUCAAGCGAUUGCAAGAGGACCCACCUGUGGGUGUCAGUGGCGCACCAUCUGAAAACAACAUCAUGCAGUGGAAUGCAGUUAUAUUUGGACCAGAAGGGACACCCUUUGAAGAUGGUACUUUUAAACUAGUAAUAGAAUUUUCUGAAGAAUAUCCAAAUAAACCGCCAACUGUUAGGUUUUUAUCCAAAAUGUUUCAUCCAAAUGUGUAUGCUGAUGGUAGCAUAUGUUUAGAUAUCCUUCAGAAUAGAUGGAGUCCAACAUACGAUGUAUCUUCUAUCUUAACAUCAAUUCAGUCUCUGCUGGAUGAACCAAAUCCAAAUAGUCCAGCCAAUAGCCAGGCAGCACAGCUUUAUCAGGAAAACAAACGAGAAUAUGAGAAAAGAGUUUCGGCCAUUGUUGAACAAAGCUGGAAUGAUUCAUAAUAGACAACUGGUCUGUUAAUCUUUUUCAUCAUUGUUGUGUAUAAUUUACCUCUCAGUAGAAAGGCUAACAAAUUUUAAGUGCCACAGGUUUUAAGGAUUCUGCAGAAAAAAAAAGUCCUUUGGUUUAGAACCUACAAAAGCUUGUGUAUCUUGAUUAAUGUACUUUUUAUUGCAUGGUGUGAACUAAGUUAUUGCUUACAUAAAUUUGUAAUAUAUCCUGUUUGUAUUUUUUUCCAAGUGUAUAAUGUUGGUGUGGAGUUUUCAUGACAGAAUAUACACAUUUUGUAAAUCUGUACUUUUUUCAAAUAUUGAAUGCCUUAUUUUUGAAUUCUUUAGAUUUUUAAAUUGGAGAAAAGCACUUAAAGUUUUUUAUAUAUGAAUAUUACAUGUAAAGCUGUUAAAAUACAUAACUUCAGUGCAAGAGACUUUGUCACUUAUUUCCUUAUCUGAGUAGGAGGGGUUAAUAAGUCUCUAGCUCUCCAUCAGCUGAUAGUUUCAUUUCUAAUUUCAAAAGAACAGAUUUAUAUUUUAUCAAAUUCUUCAAAUUUGAUUCUAAACACCAAUUAUAAUCUCAAACUUUAUUUUGAAUGUACCUAUAUUAGUUUCAGUUGAGCAAUUAUAUACAUAACUGGUUUGAUUCUGUCCAACUCUGUAUUUAGGCCACUUGUUACUGUUUCUUCAUGCACUACUUACUGUUAAACUCUACCUUUUGGGAUUUCACAACUUGCACCUCCACCACGAGGAACUGGCACCUCUACCAUGAGCAGAGAGCUGAUGCAACUUAUUUUGCUGCUUGAUAGCACUUUAAAAGAUUUUUGAUAAUGAAAAAAGUAAACCGUCAACAUUUACCAAAAACCCAUGCCCCACUAUUAACAAUAAAUAAGAACUUGUUGCAUUGGUUUGAACAAGGCACAUAUUUGGAAGGAAUCUUGGUGUAAUUUAAAUAUUUGAAAACUGCCUUUAAUGCAAUUGCCUUUUUUUUUUUUUUUUUUUUUUUUUUGCGGUACGCGGGCCUCUCACUGUUGUGGCCUCUCCCAUUGCGGAGCACAGGCUCUGGACGCGCAGGCCCAGCGGCCAUGGCUCACGGGCCCAGCCACUCCGUGGCAUGUGGGAUCUUGCCGGAGCGGGGCAUGAACCCGCGUCCCCUGCAUCUGCAGGCAGACUCUCAACCACUGCGCCACCAGGGAAGCCCCUGCCUAUCUUUUUAUUCUGGAAAAAUGUUUUAACACCAGGGCCUGCUGAGUUGAUUUCUCUUGUGGAGAUUUUUUUUUUUUUAAUCUCCUAAGUUGUAUAAAAGUUGUACUGCAUUUUAGCUUACUGGAUAAACAAAACACAGUAUUGAAGAAAGCUAAUACAAAGCUAUUCUAUGCCUUCACAUAGUAUACAAAAUGGAAAAUAUACAAGUAAAUUCCGUUGAACCACCUGUGUAGUCUUUCUAGCAGUUAAAAGAGCUGUUUCAUUAACCCCAAGAGCUUCUUGCACAUUCAUACUAGCUUAGUAAGCUAACAGCUUCUUUUCUAUUGAAAGACUGAUUUCUCUACUGGAAGACUGUAGGAUGGCAAUAUCUAUAGGUUCUAUUUAUUAAGCAAAUUUUAGAAAGGAUAAGUGCUGGUGUUUCCCUUUUAAAGUUAAUACUUGGGAAAUUUGGGGGUAAGUGUAUGAUCUUAGGGAACUUUUGAUACAAUUGAGAGUUAACUCACUGGAAUUAUGCCCCCCCCAAAAAAGAUGCUUUAUUUAAAGGUACUUUUUGGUCAUAUCAAAUGUGUGAUACUUCUAUAUUCAGCUCUAAAACAGUUUCUUUAGACAUGUACUCCAGUGACUGUCUCUUAGAUUAAAUAUACAGUAGCUAUGAUAGUCUCCCCUCUUAUUUCAUUAAAUGUUAUUUGGAUACUACUUCAAAAUCUAUUUUUAUCCUUAACCUGUUUUCCCUAUUUAAAACUGAAAUAUUUCAAGUAUUGAUAGAUAAUUAUGAGGAAGUUACAUCUUACUUCGCAGGGAGUUAAUGAGCUCUAACUCCUAAAUUCAACACAUGCAUAAAACUCAUCUAGCCCCCAUUCCUACUGGAGAAAAUUCUUAGGGAAUGUUCCAUCUCUCAAUUACUUUCACAAUUUUUUUCUUCAGCCUUGGAACAGAUUCCUAUUUCUUUGGAUGAAUACCAGAUGUACUUCAAUUUACAAAGUCAUGUCAUGCAAAGAAUGUUUAAAAUUUACUACAUAAAUUUUAUAAAUGUAUGGUACGGCCA